AUGGUUUGGUUGGAUAUAAUUUAUCACCCAGUCUGGGCAGUUACCACAGUGCUUAUGUUCCUGGUUGUGCGCAUGCAGCGCAGAGGGAGCUGGGAUCCGCAAUCCUGCUCCGUGCGGCUGAAGGGGAAGACUGCUAUAGUAACAGGAGCCAAUACAGGGAUUGGGAAAUUCAUUGCAUUGGACUUUGCACGUCGUGGGGCCCGUGUUAUUCUGGCCUGUCGAAAUGAGGCCCGGGGGACAGCAGCACUUAAAGAAAUCAGGGAGAAAACCGGGAACUAUGACCUUCACCUGCGUCUGGUGGACGUUUCUUCUCUGGAGUCUGUCAGGGAAUUUGCUGAGGGGAUUCUCGAGGAGGAGAAAGCUCUCCACAUCCUCGUCAACAAUGCUGGAGUAUCAGGUUUACCCAGGGAGAUGACCAAAGAUGGGUUUGAGGCUUCUUUUGCCACAAACCUCCUGGGACCAUUCCUCCUCACCAACCUGCUGCUGGACCUGCUAAAGCGUUCAGCUCCGGCGCGUAUUGUUACCCUCUCCUCAUGCAACCAUAAGAGGGGCGAAGUGGACUUCGCUCAUUUUCACGGCGAGAACCUCACCUAUAGAAUGGAUGCUGUCUACAACCACACGAAGCUGCACAAUAUCAUCUGUACCAACGAGUUAGCACGCAGACUAGAAGGAACAGGUGUCACCGCAAACUCCGUCCACCCUGGUAUUGUCAUGACAGAUGUGUUGAGACACUAUCACUUUAUGGUUCGUUGGAUUUUCCGCCUUGUUGGAUUUUUCUUUUUCAAGUCUUCAGAGGAGGGUGCAGUCAGCUCAAUCUUCUGUGCGGUAGCAGAGGAAAUGGAGGGGAUAACUGGGAAGUAUUGUGACAGCGACUGCCACUUGGUUCUCCCUGCCCCUUUGGCUCGAGACACUGCCCUCGCGGUCAAGGACUUUGAGAUCUGCAAGAGGCUGACAUCAAAGCUUUGAGACAGCUAGCAAAUGGAGGCUUGGAAACAGACAGGGGUCAAAUUCCACCCUUAUUUACUGCACCUAUCGAUUGAACAUUUGUGAGAUAACAUGUCUUUAAAAUCAUCAGGUGAAAUUAUUUUGUAUACAUUUUUACAAUAAACUUUU